AUGCCGAAUGAGGAAGAUGAAGAGUUGCCAAGACUCUUUGACGGGUUGGCUAAAUUUGCGUUGGAAAACAAGGCUGAGAAAAACAUGAUUCAUCUUGACAAGAAGGUGCCAACUGGGGCAGGACUUGUUCGUGGUAGUAGUAAUGCCGCCACAACUUUAUGGGCAGCAAAUCAGUUUAGCGGCUGUGUUGCCAACGAAAAAGAACUCCAACAAUGGACAGAUCAAAUUGGUUCGGAUGUCCCAUUCUUUUUCUCUCAUUGCAUGGCUAUUGUACAGGUCGAGGUGAGGGUACAAAAUCAAAUAGCAUUUGUAUUCAAUGUUGAGGUUGUUGUAGAUACUGCUUUGCCUUUCACAUCCAGGUCCAAUGUUCCAGCAUAG